UCAGUCAUCGCUUACUGACAUCUCUCUAACCACAAGAAUGGCCGACAAACACUCCCACCAGGAGGAAAGCACACAUAGCAGGCUAUCAGUCACAGUUAUCCAGGCCAAAAAUAUCCCCUGGGCAGACUGGACAACUAAUGCAGACUGUUACGUAUCCCUCUGGCUCCCAUCGUCCACAAAUAAAAUCUUGAUAACCAAAACCAUAUCCAACAGCAGUGAACCCCGGUGGAAUGAGACCUUUCACUUUAAGAUCUCCGAUAAUGUCAAGAAUAUGUUGUACCUGGCACUUCACGAUGAAGACACGGUUUCGAAAAAUGAUUUGCUUUACACUGUUGCGGUUGAUGUGGAAAACCUGGAUGUUGGAAAACCGAUAAAGAAAACCUUUCCUCUGAAUCCCGAAGGAAAUGAGACUCUUGAAGUGGAAUUCACCGUGCAAAAGCUAUCAGCACAGCCAGAAAAACUUCUAACUAAUGGUGUCCUUGUUUCGCGAGCUGUGUCCUGUCUAGAUGUUUGCGUUGACAUGAAAAAUAUCCCAGAAAAUGUACAAGGUAAACGUGUAGUCCUGGCGGUGGAAGACUCCUGUGAGAGAGCUCAUAAAAUUAAGCUGAGUUCAGUCAGAAACACAAAUAACACAGACACGUGUCGCUUCCACUGCAUAAGAAAAUGGGAUCCAGAAGUCAUAGCCCACCUAGAGGGUCAAAAACCAGAAGACGCAGAUAGUUUGGCAAAGGUGCCAUUCAAAUCUCUUUCAUUCGGAGUGGAAGAGAAAGUCAUUCUUCCUGUGGAAACUAUCAAGUCCCUGGAGCUGAACCUAAAAGCAUCUCACUGCCCGGAGAAGCUGGACAUGCGCAUGGAGUUUGAUCUCUGUGAGGAUGAGAAAAUAUUUCUCCAAAAUAGAAGUAAAGUGUCCGCUGCAGCGUUAAAGAAGGUUCUGAAUCUAGAGCGAGAUCUUCAAGCAGACGAGGUUCCUGUGAUUGCUGUCACAACUACUGGUGGCGGCGCAAGAGCAAUGACCGCACUCUAUGGCAGCCUGUCUGGGCUAAAGAAAAUGAGUCUUCUGGACACGGUGUCCUAUAUCACUGGAGCAUCUGGCUCCACCUGGGGCAUGUGUAAGCUGUAUGAGGACCCUGACUGGUCGCAUCAUGACUUGGCUCGGCCGAUACAAGAAGCCCAGAAGAUAUUGACCAGCAGUAAGCUCUCUGCUUUUAGCUUCGACCGCUUGGCCUUCUACCGAGAUGAAAUGAAGAAGAGGGCAGAGAUGGGCUAUAAGACGUCUGUUACAGAUCUCUGGGGUCUGGUGAUUGAGUCCAUGUUGCAUGGUGGGGUCAAUGAAACAAAACUCUCUGAUCAAAGAAAGGCUUUAAAUCAAGGACAGAACCCGCUGCCUCUAUACCUAGCCAUGAAUGUGAAGGAUUCUGAUAGAACCACUCUGGAUUUUAAGGAGUGGUGUGAAUUUUCUCCGUACGAGGUGGGCCUCUUUAAAUAUGGUACAUUUAUUCAUUCAGAGGAUUUUGGCAGUGAGUUUUUCAUGGGUCAGUUGAUAAAGAAGCUCCCCGAAUCCAGGCUGUGCUAUUUACAGGGGUUAUGGAGCAACAUCUUCUCCAUAAAUUUAAUGGAUGCUUGGUUUGCGGCUACAACUUCUGAAAAUUUUUGGGAUCGGUUUACAAAGGAUAAUGUACAGCACCUUGAUGAAGAAGAAGCUCUAGCAAAAAGAAGGGAAGAUCCUAAUCUAUCUCUGGCAAAAAGAAGUGAGGACAGCACUGGUGCGGAGACCCGUGUCAUCCAGCCUUCAGGGAAAUUAAGCAGCACCGUGAGGGACAUUUUAACUAAGCGACCGAUUGAUGGGGAUCAGCACAAUUUCCUGAAAGGACUUCAAAUUCACAAGGACUAUUGCAAACAUAACGGAUUCACGGCAUUUGAAGACACAAAGACCCGACAAUGUCCAAACGAGCUGACCCCAUUCAUGGACAGCCUGUGCUUGGUGGACAGUGCGUAUUAUAUUAACGCCAGCUUCCCAUCCUUGCUGCGGGAGGAACGCAAGGUGGAUGUAAUCCUAUCAUUUGAUUAUUGUUUGUCCAGAAAGUUUCUGUCAGUGGAACAGACUCAAACCUACUGUGCCCGUCAGAAAAUCCCCUUUCCCAAAAUCCAGUUAAGCGAAGAGGAAAAAGAGCACCCCAAGGAAUGUUAUAUGUUUUAUGAGCCAGACAAUGCUAAAGCUCCAAUCAUUCUCCAUUUCCCGCUCGUAGCUGAUACAUUUCAAGACUUCAAAGAACCAGGGGUAAAACGCAGCCCCGAGGAGCAUGAUGAUGGUCAACUGAGUCUGUCUGGCUUUGGGUCACCAUAUCACCUGCUCAAUGUAACCUACAGUGAUAAAGACUUUGACAAGCUGGUAAAACUGACUGAAUACAAUGUCAUAAACAACGAAAAGCUCAUCCUACAAGCUGUGCGGGACGCUAUUGCACAUAAACAAAAAAGCAGGGAUAGCGGAUCAAUCUAGAACUGUAACCAGGUACACUGAAUUACUAAUCACGUGGGGAACUUUUAUCUGGAGUGUUUUUUUUUUCUUCAAGGAAUGACU